AUGUUGAUUUUGCUGCUCGUGAUACUGGUCACCUCGCAUGUUGUCGCCUCGGAGACAUUCGUUCCUCUUUGCUGGGGACAAGAUCAUCGAAGCUCGUCACCACUUUUUGAUAAUGACAUUCUUCGUGGGUACAAGCUCAAUAUUGCCGAGGGGGGGAGCCCGUUGAGACAUCAUGUCUUCGAAGGGGAGAUUGAAGCUGUUCCUUCUUCGAAUACCCUUUCGAGAUCAUUAGUCAUCAAGACACUUGACGACAUAAAAGAUGUGCUGGAGAUCGAGGGAAGCCUUGGCGUUUCGUAUGGCCCAAUGACAAGCAGGGAGGAUUCAGCGUACUUUCUCCAGAGCAAAGUGGCUUCAAAACAGCAGGUCACAUCUUGGUAUCGUAGCAGGCAUGUGGCAUAUGCCAAAGCUGUUGACGUGAACACAUUGAAACCAAUGUUUGGGGUAGACCUGCUCGAUGGAGAUGAGAUAGCUGACCAUUUUGGUUCCAAAUUCAUUGAUCAAAUCAUAUACGGGGCCCAACUUGAUGUCGUGUUUACACUGACUUCAUCUGAAGACAUAGAUAUGAAAGAGGUCGAGGCAGAACUGAAACGAAAGAUUGGUGUCGAACCUCUCUCGGAUGAGUUUCAGGCAAACUUUAAGAAGCAGGAUGGCCAAUCACGUUCCAAAUACGAGAUGACUAUUGUUGCUCAAGCCUGUGGAGUAGAUUUCUCUACGCCUACAAAUCCAAGCUUUGAACAAGUAAAUGAGCUCAUAGACGACUUCAAUUCACAAUACAACAAGUCGAAGGUUGCGGUGGUGCAAGGUGGAACUAUCGACGCAGAACAAAGUAAUAUUCUCGAGCAAUUCAGUCCUAUUGGAUUCACCCUUUCGUCUAUCGCAGAUUAUCUACCAAACCUUAACGAAGUUGCGUCUGAUGAUCUUGGCUCCAGGAUGACAGAAUUACGUGAAGUCUUCCAUCAAGCCCUUUUCUGGGAGGCAAAAAUCACAGCAUUUCGCAAUCAACAAGAACUCAUAUACCUGGAUUCACGGUCAAGAGAUGAAAUGUUUGAGCCAUAUAAUACUGAAGUAUCUAAGGUGUUGCACAAGUUGGAGGCAAAGAUUGAAGAGUGCUUGGAAUAUCGAAGUCAACCCAUGGCAACAAUUGUUGGAAGUGACGAAACUAAGGCCGCAAAAAUCCCUGAUACGUAUCCCUCUUCUGGACAUGAUGAAGAUGCGUUGCAAGGUCUUGUUGGUGCAGCUUUCAUACCCAGUCCAGUGACAGUUGGGAAAUCCACCUUUGACCACAUGCACUAUAUCGGCUUUGCUCUUCCCAACAGGAUCGAUACUUCAUCUUUAAACAUUGUAUCGCGUACAACAGCAAACUGGAUUCCUUGGAUGGCAGGCACACUUCUACGCGACCAGGACAACAGUCUGGUUGCAACUGGUAUUACGCCGGAAUCCUUAGAGCGCCAAGCUUAUGCGGUGACCCAUGACGUUCUACCUUUUGGACUGGAGUAUUUGCACUAUGGGGAGGAAAUCUUUUUUCAGAGCGGUGGGGCAGGGAGCCGCUGGUUGAAUGGCCUUGGAGGAGUGCACACUGCCAAUCCGCUUGAAACUGGCAGCAGGAAUACCUACCAGUGGAAUUUUUGGAGCGAGCUUGUCAGCGAUGACCUCCUAAGCGGACACGAUCCCAAGCACGGUCAAUGCCUGAAAUAUGGCGACAAGGUCUACCUAAACACGGCAGGCCUCUGGCUUCGCGGAGGGAUCCCACCGGAUGACUCCAAUGCGGAUGGAGGAGUGGAAACAAAGGCAUUCGAAGAGAUUGAUAAGUCCGAUCUUGACAGCUACGUGUGGAUUGUGAGGAGUACAUUUGGGUCUGGUGUUCACACUGACAAAGAUCCAGCACUUGGGCAAUGCGUGCAAAACCUGAAUAGAGUUUAUCUGCAGUUGAACGUCAGCGAAUGGCGUUGGCUUUGUGGAGCAACAGGGGCAGGUACUGUUGGGGUAGACAUUCGCAAUGUCUACGAUAAUGACGAGCUUGGAAAUCAUGGUCACUAUGAAUGGAUCAUGCAAACGACUCUAGGAAAUGGCUCCGAUACAAACGGCUUUUUCUGUGCUGCCACAGCUGCCAGCGGCAGCUGGACCCCCUUAAAAUACUCCGCUGAUGAAAGCCAGACAGUAUCAGUGAGUACUGGUAUCAAAGGAAGAAACAUCCAAUUUCCAUACUUCAAGCGAACAUCAUUGUGGGAUGACAGUGUUGCGGGCAGUGUUGGAGGAGGAUUCCACUUUGGAAGGGGUAACUUGGACAUAGAUUGGCUCGUUGCAACAGAACUUGUGCCCUCCGCGCACGAAGCUCUAGGCAGCAGUGAUUCUCCAACCAACCAAACUUUCGCUCCUGGUCAGGUGUGGCAGUUUGUGUUUGAGAUCAGUGAUACCUGUGCACCAAAAUGGGAGCUCAGGACAGGGGAUUUGGUGGUCACUGAAGGUCCUGAUCAAGAACCUUGCUGCCUCCCCGGUUUUGAGACUGAUAACCCCCAUGGACGUUGCCGACUGCAAUCUCCCUGUCAGUGUGAAGCUUCUGUUUGCUAUCCACCAGUUCCAAAGUGGACGGUUUCUCCUACAGAUGCACCAAUAGCAUCAAAUGUUUCAGCAGCUUCCCCCCCACCCGUCGCACCUCCUUCAAAGUCAAAGAAUAUCCGUAGCAGUGGUAUCAUGGCUCGAGUGCAUUCACUGGUUUGGCUUUCUCUUGUGUUGGUUGUGUUCGUGUAA